CAUAAGGUGAGAGGCGGAAAAAGAGACAGGGAGAUUCCGAAAGACAGGACAGCGGUACGUACAAACACCAAGGGCUACAAACAGAGGGAAGGAGAGACAGGGGUGCGACAAGGAGUAGAGGCGAAACAGAGAGCAGCCCUCUCGUGCCACAAAGAACGCCGGCACAAGAUGACGGAGCACUGGGGGAGCGCUGUGUUUGCAGCCCGUCGAAAACAUGAAGAGGACACCACAAGGGACUCCAUCUUCACCUACACCAACACCAACAACACCAGAGGUCCCUUCGAGGGGCCGAACUACCAUAUUGCACCCCGCUGGGUGUACAACCUUUCCACCCUGUGGAUGAUCUUCGUGUUCACUGCCUCCGUCUUCACCAACGGCCUGGUGCUGGUGGCCACCUGGAAGUUCAAGAAGCUGCGACACCCGCUGAACUGGAUCCUGGUGAACCUGGCCAUCGCCGACCUGGGCGAGACUCUGCUGGCCACCACGAUCAGCAUCUGCAACCAGAUCUUCGGCUACUUCAUCCUUGGCCACCCCAUGUGCGUCUUUGAGGGUUUCACCGUUGCCACUUGCGGCAUUGCUGGUCUGUGGUCUCUCACUGUGAUCUCCUGGGAGAGGUGGGUGGUGGUCUGCAAGCCCUUUGGAAACGUCAAGUUUGAUUCCAAAUGGGCUUUGGGAGGCAUCAUCUUUACCUGGGUGUGGUCUGCCGGCUGGUGCGCGCCUCCCGUUUUUGGCUGGAGCAGGUACUGGCCUCAUGGUCUGAAGACAUCCUGUGGACCUGAUGUGUUCAGUGGCAAUGAGGACCCUGGGAUGGUGUCCUACAUGGUGGUGCUGAUGAUCACCUGCUGUAUAAUCCCUCUGGGCAUCAUCGUCCUCUGCUACAUUGCUGUGUGGCUGGCCAUCCGCUCUGUCGCCCAGCAACAGAAGGAGUCCGAGUCCACCCAGAAAGCGGAGAAGGAAGUGUCCAGGAUGGUGGUGGUCAUGAUCGUGGCGUACUGCGUCUGCUGGGGCCCGUACACCUUCUUUGUCUGCUUCGGUACUGCCUACCCUGGGUACGCCUUCCACCCCCUGGCGGCCGCCAUGCCUGCCUACUUUGCCAAGAGCGCCACCAUCUACAACCCCGUCAUCUACGUCUUCAUGAACAGACAGUUCCGCAACUGCAUAAUGCAGCUGUUCGGUAAGAAGGUGGACGACGGGUCCGAACUGUCCUCAGCGUCCAAAACGGAAGUCUCCUCGGUCUCAAAUUCCUCCGUCUCUCCCGCGUAAAAUAACCGCCAUACCUCGCGCGCCGCGGGAACCCGCCAGGAGAACUCGUCCGACGAAUUUAACAAAAAAAAAGAAGAAGAAGAAAAAAAACUAUCUUAUGGGGAAAAAAAACAACAAAAUAUGUGAAGGACUCGUACAAAUACACAGUAUAUUAAUGACUCUCUCGGUCUACCGUCCCUGCUUUAACACCAACUCAUCAGCACAACCCGCCUUCUGUCUAUCGCGUAAGAUACUCACAGACAACACAGGCAAACCGUAACGACAGGGGACGGUUGUGUUAUAAAGACAGCCCAAAGCAAAUCUGUAUAUAUUUCUGUAAAAAAAUAUUUUAUUUAUACCUCUUCUCAUUUUGAGGUAUUGAGUUACAUCACACCACCACCUGCUCCAGUGGACCUUUUCAUUUUAAAAGUGUCGUUAUUCAAAUUUCAUUAUCUCCUAACCCGCUAGGAACACCGCAGGAGAGAGUAUUGCGCUGAUUAAAAAUUUGCUUAUGCUGCUACUACUGUUUUAUAUUCAGAAAUAGCACUCUUUAAGGUGUAUUUUGUAAUAAUGCACUCACCAUCUCCCCAUCAAUAAGAAAUCCGAUUUGUAAAAAAAAUGGUUCACAGUUUAUGUCUCUGCAGUCCCCUUCUCUGUAAUGCUGAAUGACCUGGCCACGCUGUUGUGUCUGAUAAGCCAGAUGUGCUGUUCGAUCAGGCAUGGCUAAUCGAGGGGUCUCAUCUUACUCUGUCACCCCCAGACGUGGAGGCCAUUGUGCUAUACAGGGUGUGCAGGAUGAGACACAGCUUUUCUGAUCAAUCUGAAAGCAGCACAGCAGGCUGCAUCUGCCUCAAGACAGUUUGGGCUGGAGUAACAAGACUAGAUUGAGACUGGAAUCUCCCCUGGAACUGUGCUUUGGUCAGUUUGAUUGCUCAGAAUUGUAUUUUUUCUUCAUGUUUCUUGUUUAUUUCUUUAUAGGCUGUGUGCCGUACAAACGCACAGCACUCAGCAUAUGAGGAGAUCAGUGCGUAAAUCUCUCCUUGGUGGGGUUAAAUCUAAAAAAAAAAUGGGAACCUCAAGCUGUGACUAUCCCAUAUGUGCACGUUGACACUGUUGAAACCACGAAUGAUUUCUGCAGAACUUCUGAUGCUUGCAAAGGACGACUCCAUGCCAGGACAUAAAUCUGUAGAGACUCUUCCUUGUGCCCUUGCAAUUGUAUGCAGGGAGCAGCUUCAUAUCUUAACACAGAAAAACUGGUUUUCACAUUUUAUCCUUCUGAAUGACAACAGAAUGGCACUGAACUGUUGAUUGAAGCUUGAAAGUAGGAAAACUUGUUUUCUGUACAAUUUUUAGCACUCCGAGGAAUGUAACUGAAGUGAUGACAUUGCCAGUGGUCAGUGUCUUAAGGCGUUGUUUAUGGUCAGUACUGGACAAGCCUAGCACGGUAUUUUAAUUCAGUAUCUCUGCACUGUGUAUCAAUUUGUACCCGAGUUCUGGAAAACAGGUUCUAAAACACCUGUAAAUUGUCGAAGAACAGCUCUACCCGGCUCUGUACAAAGUGUUGAUAAGAGGAUGUGUAUUUAUUUCUGCUGUUAUUAUUAUUAUAAAGCCUUCUGCUCUAGGUAAUCCUGCAAAGAAAAAAAGAAAAAAAAACACGAUACCAUAGGACACAUAAUUUAUAUAUGUUAUUCUUUUUUGAUGGGAAUUAAAUCUGCAGCAAAUAGAAAAACAA